UGUUACGUGGAGCCAUCUACACGAAGAAAUUUGGCGCCAAGUAGUAUCUCGAGAGAAUAGCGGCAAACUAAAACUUGAUCAAUAAGAUAAAGGAUAUUUCAAGGUUAUAUCAAAAACGGAAUACAAGAAGAAAAGAAAGAGCUUGAGUAUUUAUUGAAGAAUAUUAAACAUGUCGCAAGAAAUGAAUAUAUUAUGCUGUUAUUCCUGUCAAAUGUUUCAAGUACAUAUUGUCAAAAAAGCGAAGAAAUGGCAGUGCAAAGUUUGUAAUGAAAAGCAAUCUAUCCGGCGAGUUUAUUUUCAAGGAUCAGGAAAGGAUUGUCGUUUGCAUGUACAAGAAUUAAAUUUACAAAAAUUAAAAGGCCUUGAAUCAACUCAAACAACUCAUUUCAGUACUGAUAAUAGAAAUUAUGUAUCUUAUAACAAAGAUGAAUCAUUGAAUCAACAAGUUUCUGAUAACUGGUCUAAUCAUUCUGAAAUACCAUUCGAUGAUUCUGACCAUGUAUCUGAUAAAGAAUGUGGUUACGAAGAACAAACUAAAGAUAAUAAUUGUGAUAAUUGUAGAGAUCAUUUCAUUGAUAAUCGUAUCUAUUAUAAAAGUGAAAGUCAUGCAAAUAAUGAAAUAGAAGAUUCAAAAUCUAUAAGUUCGGAAUCUAUUCAUAAUAUUAAUAGCAAGACUGAAAUUAAAUCUAUAACAAAUAAUACAAAAGAAAAUCAAAAUAUAUUUGAAACUUACGAAGAUUUUGAUGAUGCACUUGAUUUUUAAUUUUUAAUAUACA